AUGGAAACAUGGGAAGUCAUAGCAUCGGUAAAAGAAGCAACAAAGGGUCUUGACUUGAGCUUAGAUCGUCCACUUAUUAUUAAAUCCGAGGAUGUGCCCAGUCACAUACUUCAAUUACUGCAACAGAAGAGUCGAAGUCAGUUGAAGCACAUCUGCAUGAAAUCUGAAAAAGAGUACUUCCUGCUAGAGGAAUAUGGGCCGGGGUUUUGGGUUAAAUGGCCGUACAAUUAUUUUAAUGAAUAUAGCCUGCCAGAAAGACAUACGGAAGUUGUAACAUCGCUUCAAAGAGAGAAAGCUAAGCGUGAAACUUCGAAAACAUGGGACGAAUUGAAGUUCAAAGAACUUCUUUAUUUAUGGUCGGAAGAACCGAAGGGUUCAUAUAAGCUCGAAAAGAACAAUGACCUUAAACUGGAUAUGAAGCCACCAGAUAUGAAAGGCGAGUCAAGAGUCAAUGACGAUUAUUCCGACCCUAAAGAGUACAUAGAAAGUAAGUAUUACGAUGCUCUUUUUUCCAUACAUACACCUCUGGCAUAUUUUGUUAAGUCAAAUUUAGUAAGACUCAAAAAUACCUGUCGAACCAAAUACGGAAGUCACAGCUACAAAAUAGCCUACCAAGCUAUACUGCAAAAAUACCUUCUCUCGAUUGCACAAUUUAAAGAUAGACACGAUAGCAGACUUCUAUUAGAGUCUUUUUCCAGUCCCAUAGCAGAUGAAAAAAGGAAGAACUGUUUCACAAAAUUUGUAAUUGAAGAUGAAAACAAAACCGGUUCAACUAUUUCCGAUUUAUGUGUUGUAUUGAAAUCCCGGGAAAUAAAGCUACAGAUAUUACUGCUAUUAGAGAUGAUAGGAUUGAACGAUUUAGAUUGGAAUUUCAGGGAUUUUGAAAAGAAGUAUAAAUCGAAAUUGAAGAAGAGAUCACUUAAUUUGACGAAAAAGGGAUUAGUUCGUCGAAGAUCUAAAAAAAAAACUAGCGAAAAAGGCAAAGAAAUCGGGAGAAUAACAACGUCUUUAGACUAUUGUGAACAACUAGACUUGUACUUAGAUAGGGCAUGCAUUUUGGACAUUUUGUUAUCAAGUGAAACGCCCAACCCAGAUGCCAUAGAAGCAUCAAAUGGAACAAUACUAGAGCAUAAAAAAAACAUUCUCGAUAAAAGUAAAGAAGCCUCAUUAGUUGGGUUUAUAAAUUAUGUUCUUAUUCCAUACUUUAACAAGAAGGUGCCGCACGCCGUUGAAUUUAUUAUUCAAAAGCUUAAGGGACCCAGCAUGAGACCGAAAAGAGCUCUGAAGAAAGUCAACAACAGUCCAAAUGUAUCAUCACCUAAAACUGUGGACAUUUAUAAUAGGUUACCCACAACCCAACGUAGCUCCCGCUCUUCAAUCAUUAAUUCUGUUCCAUCGUCACCUGCAUUGAGAAGGAUGGAAGCUAAUCUAUUUAGUAGAAAAUCCAUUGCUUCCCCUACCCCUGAACUUUUGAAUUCGAGAACGAACUCCAACUUGAAUGAGUUUCUCGAAAGUGAAACUAGAGGCUUAAGGCACCCUUCACAAUUAGGAAGAACAAAGUCCGAUCUAACGAUGAACCAUUUACAAAAACGGCAGUUCUCUGUCUCUGACUUAAGCACAACGAGAGUACCGAAUUCAUCAACUAUCGCACCCAAAACACCUUUUUCAUAUACAGCUGUUAAUGCACACAGGACUAUGAAUAACUCCUUUCGUAGAGUUGGAAAACGUAAGGAUAUUAAUGAAACUGUACAUUUUAAUGAACAUAUAAAUCCUGAGGAAAAUGUACAAGUUCAAGCAACGCCGGCUGCGAAAAAAAGAACAGCGACACCUAAUAAAAAGGCACAACUUCAGAGCAUCAUUGAAUCACCAUUAAAUGUCAAGGAUGAUGAUACGCAUGAAGGUAGAGGGAAUGCUCAAAAAGAUACAUCCCAUUUUACCUCUACUUCCACUAAUACCCCCUCGGAAAGUACCUCGAAAAGAAGAGUGAGAAGACGUUUAUUUGCUCCUGAAGCAACGUAG